GCGGAGCGCGGCGCGAUGCAGAGCGCGCUGUUCCUGGCGCUGCAGCACCGCGGCGCGCAGAUGGAGCGGGGCGGCCGCCGGCGCGGCGACGAGGCGGAGGAGAAGGCGCGGGUGAAGCGGCCCGUCAUUAAGGAUUGGAAAACGAGGCUGAGCUACUUCCUGCAGAACUCCUCCAAUUCUGCUAAAAUGAAACCCAAGAAGGCAGGAAAGCACCACACCUACUUCAGACCUUCCCCCGAAGAGGCCCAGCUCUGGUCAGAAGCUUUUGAUGAACUUCUUGCUAACAAAUAUGGUCUUGCUGCUUUCCGAGCUUUUCUGAAGUCAGAGUUCUGUGAGGAGAACAUUGAGUUCUGGCUGGCCUGCGAGGACUUCAAGAAAAUCAAGUCGCCCCAGAAGCUGACAUCGAAAGCAAAAAAAAUCUACAAUGACUUCAUUGAAAGGGAAGCUCCUAAAGAGAUAAACAUAGACUUUCAAACCAAGAACAUGAUUGCUCAGAAUAUUCAAGAAGCUACACAUACCUGCUUCAGCGCAGCGCAGAAGAGAGUUUACAGCUUAAUGGAGAAUAACUCGUAUCCACGGUUUUUAGAAUCCGAAUUCUAUCAGGAGCUGUGCAAAAAAACACCCAUCACCAGAGUGGCCCAGACAACAUGAGCUGCUGCGAGGAGAAAGAAGCCUUUCAGCUACGGAGGAAGAAAGCCACAGGUCCUAGCAGCAUGCCGGCCAGAAAGACCGAGGUAUCAAGUGCGCAGCCCAUCUGCCAGGAUGCACGGACAAAUAUUGACUGUGGUGCAAAGCCAAUGUCAGGGGAUGACGCUGGAGGGCUCGAGGGGCUGCGGCAGCAGGAGCAGCAGCCAGCUGCUGGGGACGGACCUUUCCGUGAACGCUGCAGUGAACAGGCGAUUCCAUGUUUUAGAUGAAGCCGUGUGGUGUGAUGCUCCCCUCACAGCAGAGGUGUUGGUACAGCAGGUUAGAGCAGAGCUUCCUUUUCGUAAGCACAGGUAGCUCUGCACAGCUGAGCAGUGCUGCGAACUUGAGUAAUUGGUUAUAUCCUUUUUUCCCCCCUAAAGAUCUGUCAGUGCUGCUGUCAUCAUUCACUUAGUGUUUUAAAGCUAAGUGUGUAAACUGAAGACUUCCAGCUGCAAGCAGAUGUAUCAGGCUUCUCUGCAACUGCUAGAGACUAAUAGCAGCAGCAGCAUGGCGUGUAGAAGGGGGAUAUAAUUCACUUCCCAGAGGAGCAAGUUGUGUAACUAGGUAUGCAGGCCUGGAUGAUGUCGGUGGGGCUGCAGGAGAGCAAGCUGAGGGCAAAGCAUGGCCAGUGAACAAGAGCUAUGUAUUAUAUGCAGAUUAUGGUUGUGUUGAAUGCUGCAUUAAUGUCAUAAUUCUGUCUUGAGAACAGCAAGCCUCAGUGAAUUUUUUUAUUGUUUUCAAUAAACUGUUUUGAUACAAA